AUGGGCUGCACAAGUUCGAAAGGAAAUACAAAUUCGCCUACAACAACAGAAUCAGAUAGUGAUCAACAAUUAAUUAAUGACCAGUUUCGUCAAUGGUUAAAAUCUAAUCGACCAAAAGCUGAUGAAUAUGUGCUAAACGAUGUCUUUUCAACAGUGCAACAAUCCGAUGAUAUUAAUGAUUAUCGGAUUAUAGUUACUAAAGCAUUAGAUCUACUUUCUGAACGUCACGAUAUAAAAACAGCAAAUAAAUUAGGUAAAAUUGUACAAAAAGAGGUUUCAUUAGCAUCAGCGACAAAGGUUGCACAUACGAUCGAUGUUCUAAAGCAAACAGCAGAAAAAUUACGUCAUGGGCAAAUUCUACUCGACAAUUGCCAACAACAAAGUACAACAACCAAUGGCGACGCAAAAACGGAUGCAAAUGCCUUUCAACAAAAAUCUGGUCAACUACCAUCGGGAGAACCUGGUAUAAAUUUAAAAGAAGCUUUAGAAAAAGCACGCAUCCUAUUUUAUAAGGGUAAACAAGCUGCAAUAUUUGCUAAUCCAAGUGGUGGUUAUUUAGUAAAAGUUAUUGAUGAUAAUGAUGAUGCUCUCAAUCAAGAUGGAAAUCUUCUUCGUUCAAUUAUUGUUACUGAAGUUAAAAUGCGUCCAAAACCAAUAGCAACACAUUCAACACUAUUUUCUGCAGUCGCACCACCACCUCCACCAUCAGCAAAAUUACUUGAUGAAAAUGAAAUUGGUGAUGAUUUUCGUCGUUCAAUUGAUGCUGCUCUAAAAGGACUUGAAGUUAUAUAUCAAACAUCUCCAACCAAGUCAUCUGGAAAAACUCAAAAUGUUCUUGCUGAUAAAGCAGCAGCAUCAUCAUCAAAUCUAACCAGACCAACAUCAGAAGUUAAUGCAGCUAAUUUAGCUGAUAUUAAUCAUGAAGAAAAAAUAACUAAAAGUAUUAAUGAUGAAGAACAAGCUAUUAAUCAAAUUGACAUUCAACCAAAACUUGUCGUUGCUAUUGAUCAUAUGAAUGAAAUAAUGUUAGACAUUACUGAAACAACAACUGAAAGCAACAUUGAAAAUCCAAUAUCAUCAACACCUGUUGAUACAACUGAUCAAUUAGCCAAUGUUGAACGUAUUGUGAAAGAAGUUAAAGAAUAUGGAGACGACACAAAUGAAUUGAAAGAAGCUCUUCCAGAGCAACAAUCUUCUUCAUCUGACCCACUAGAUCAUGCACAAACAUUACAAAAUGAAGAGUCUCUAACAUCAUCUGUUCUCGAACAGCAAACAAAAUUAAACGAUGAAAAUAAUUCGAAAUCUUCUAUUGUGAAUGAAGAAAAGUCGGGUGAAUAUCAAAACCAAAGCAAUGAAUCAGCACAUUUACCAACGUCGAAACCUGAAAUAUCGACAUCAUCGUCAGAUGAAAUCGAAAAAGAACCAGUCGUAAACAUCGAAUCAGUAUUGCCAGCUGUGACCUUAUGUAAUGACACGAAUACAACAGUUAAAUCGUCAAGUCAUAAUGUAACUUACACAGAAAUUAUUCAUUCUGAAACACGCGAUGGUGAACAAACACGUCGAUAUAUAACAGAAUCCUAUGAUGAUCAUCCAUCAGCAAAUGAUGAUGAAACAACAACAUUGAAAGUUGUUACAAAAUCUGAAUUUUCGAAUCAUCCAUCACUAGGUGAAAAAACUAUGGAACAAAGCGUUCAAGUUAUAACAGUAAAAGUACGAAAUGAAACAAAAACAGCGAAAACUUCAUCACCAACAUCGGACAAUAAUGAUAUCUUAAACCAUAAAAAAUCUCUUCAAAAGGAUGCUAAUCUAACAACGGACAUCCAUAAUUAA